CGAUGAUGUCCCUCUCGCCCACGACGUCGACCUCCAAUUACGACGACCAGCCCUCUGGAAAGCGCCGCCGCACCCACAGUUUCACCGUCGCACCCAACGGCGGCCCCCGGUCCGAAAUGGCAUCCCCCCAGGACCCGUCGUCGGGGCUAGGAAUGUCGCCGCCCGCCACGCCCGCCCACAUCCCGAAGCGGGGCGCGCGGGCCUGCACCAACUGUCGCAAGGGCAAGAACAGGUGCGAAGGCGAGGCCCCCUGUCGUCGCUGCCAGCUUAGCGGCGCCCAAUGCGUCUUUGAGAAGCCAGAGAAGAAAAAUGUCCAGGCCUUGUCCACAGCCAGCGUCGAACGCCUCUCCCGCCUUGAGGGCCAGUAUUUGGUCAUGCAGAGCCAGAUGAUCGGCAUGCAGUCGUCCCUCGACCGCAUCCUCUCCGCCAUCCAGAGCCAGAGCCAGGCCAUGGUCCACGUCCAGCCGCCCGCGUACGGUCCAGCGACGUCCUCGCGCGAAAGUCCCGGCAUGUCAGAGCCCGUGCCCCGGAACCGGACGUUCCCUCCGCUGCCCGGAUUUGCCCCUCCGCCGCACAAGUAUGCGACGUAUGGGAUCGUGCCCAGCACCGCGCCGUCGUCAGACGACGAAUCCGAGGACACCCUUCCGCGUUCGUCGCUCAAUGCCCCAAUCGAAGCCCUGCAGGGUCUUGCCAACGCCGCCGCCGAGGCUGCCGCUGCACCCUCUGCGUCUCCCCCAAGGAUGAAGAAGCGCAAGCGGGCCGAACCGACGCCCCGCAACGCCUUCCCGCACGUCGUUGAAAAGGGACUCGUCUCAGACACCGAGGCUCGGGAGCUGUAUCAUAUCUUCUUCUCCGGCUGCCACAUCUUCAUCCCCGUCUUCGACCCCUCGUACGACACCUACGACGGGCUCAUGGAGCGCAGCCCGUGGACGUUCGACGCCAUCCUUGCCGUGGCGGCGAAGAUCCGGAGCGGGACCGGCCCGCUCAUCCCCGCCUUCUACAAGUGCCUCGAGGAGGCGCAGGGCAUCGCCCGCUCGUCCCUCUUCGGCCCGGUCGUGCGCAAGGAGGCCGUCCAGGGCAUGCUCCUCCUCGCGGCGUGGAGCACCAACGGCUGGCUUCCCAGCGGGCACGCGAUGCGCAUGGCGCUCGACCUCGGCCUCCACCGCGCGCUCGAGAAGCUCGCGGACCACGGCGAGAAGAAGCGGAGCGAGGAUGAGGAGCGAAACCUCGUCGUGUCGGCCCGCAUCUGGCUGUGCUUGUACUGGUUCGACCACCAGAUGAGCCUGGGCACCGGUCGGCCCAUCGUCCUGCGCGACGAGAGCUCCAUCCGGCACUGUCGCGUGCUGCUGUCGCAUCCGAUGGCGUCGCCCACGGACGUGCGGUUGAUCUCUCAGGUGGAGUUGAUCGCCCAGAAGACUCAAAUAUACGAGACGCUGUCGCCGCUUAACGGACAGGUCAACCACAACACGUUGUCAUUCAUCAGGCGCGCGAACAUCGCCCUCGACAAGUGGUGGGCAGACUGCGAUGAGCUGCACAGACAAACGAUGGACGAGGAGGCCCUCCCGCGCAAGAUCCUCGUCGGCGAGCUGCACUACGCGAAGCUCUGGCUCGUCUGCGUCGCUCUCCGCGGCGUCUCCUGGGACAAGAUGCCCUUCGAGCAGCGCGAGCUCGCGUUCCAGGCCAAGGACGCCGCCUCGAACUGCCUCUCGAACCUGCUCGACUCGCCCACCUACCGCGCCGCGCUCCGCUACGCCGUGCACGACACGCUCGUCAUGGCCGCCUUCUCCGGCCUCUUCCUGCUCAAGAUGGCGAACCUCUUCCCCGCCGAGCUCGACCUCGGCGCGAUCUCCGUCCAGGUCGAGCAGCUCGCCCAGCUCCUCUCCGACGUCGCCGCAGAGCGCUACGCCCUCACGCUCCGCAUCAUGCUCGCCAACCUCCGCCGCAAGGUAGGCCUCGCCGCCGCCGCCGCCGCUGCCGGCAUGGGCGGCGGCCCCGGCCCGCAGAACGCCCACAUGCCCACGACCACCGGCGGCCCCGGUGACGUGCCCCCCGGCAUGCCCGGCGGCGGCGGCGGCGCACCGUUCAUCGACCCGAGCAUCGCGGGCCCCGCGCCGCCGUUCACGGUCGAGGAGGUCGGCCCGUGGGCGCACGACCAGCGGAUGUUCAACCCGCAGGCGAUCCCGCUCUGGCUGCAGGAGCAGAGCCUGACGGACCUCGGGCUGCCCGUGAACGGCUCGGACGGGAUCUUCCUCCAGAUGGGCGGCCAGAACGGGUGGAUGGGCGACUUUCCGCAGAUGCCGGAGGCGUGGUAGAUGUAGUUCCCGCGGGGAGGGGAGGGGGAGAGAGGGUCUCUCCGCACCUCGCAGCCGCGAUGCUGGAGACCCGUCGGCAGAUGGAACAAAAUCUUUUUCUGAGCGAGUGUCGCAUGCGGCUCGUCCGACCUUUGUCCGCCGUUUUCCCUGCCAACUUUUGAAAAGUAGGUGUAUGCUCCGUUAGGCGUAAGGUACUGUAUACUAUCGUUUCCACCGCUUGUCUACGUUCCGAUUACGCUGUAUUGUCUUGUGAACCUUCGCUGUGUGGCGUUACCGAAGUCGAUUUGGCUCUUGUUCCUCUUGUUGUCGAGUCUAGCUUAUCCCCUUCUCGUCCCAUAUCUGCAAUUGAGCAGUUGUCGCAUUCGGCCAGCGAGGCUAACGCACGUACGCUUGCAAGAAUGUUGUUUCUAUCAAUUGGAAAGUGGGCGAUGCGAAUUCUCAGGAUACAUGCGAGGCAGCCGAAACAUAUAUAGAUAGUGCGAUGCGUGGUGGAGUCCGUCACUCCUCGUCCUCGUCCUCGCUCUCUUGCUCCUGCAGGAACUUGACAAGGGACUGAGUGGCCUGGAGGAAGUGCUGCCGGCCCUGCGGCUUGGAGCCCUUCUGGUGCCAGUAGAUGAUAGCCUGAUCAGAAAUACAAUCCUUACUAUACAGAACCUUUAGUAUUUGAGGGAACGCCUUCAUGAUGCGCGUGUCUUCGUAACUGUACACUUGUACAGUAUUGAUGAGAGCGACUUCGGUCUUCGGCCCAUUGCAGAACGGCUCGAGUAUAUCAGUAAAGCUAGUGAUCUCUCUCAACGCAAGCGCCUCGUUCUGGUCCUGGCGUGCGCUCCACUCGAUGCUCGAGAUGAGACCCUGCCAAAUGCAGGACACAAGCUCGGCCUCGGGCAGGGGCUGCUCCUCCUGCUUUGUCUUGAUCGCGAUCACGAUAUCCCCGUGCGAGUUGCCGUUGGCCAGCAUCUCCUUGAGCUGCUUGAUGACCUCGUCCUUGAGGGACGCGAACUGGCGCUUCGUCCACCACUCGGCGACCUGGGGGAGCCCCGCCUUCCGGAAGUGCUCAUCGAGCGCCUUGUCGUCACGCUUGUUGGGCGGGAAGAAGAGGAUGAGGUCCUUGAUGCCGCCGCGCUUGAGCGUGCCCGCGAGGUGCUCCAUGGACUGCAUGCUCAGGUACGCGCGGAAGACGAGCGUGAUGACGUUCGCCGACAGGUCGUUCUUGACGAGAUGAUCCUUCGUCAGACUCUGCAGGCAGCUCGCGCUCGCAAGGCCCUGGGCCAGGAAAAGGCCGAUAGCAACGGCUAUCUUCUCCCUCUGGGCUUCUGGCAGGCGGUUCAGGUAUUGCAACAAGUUCGGCAGCGUGCUCUCUUCAAGAGGCCGCUGUAGGUACUUGUAUCUGCGGAUUAGUUUGUUGAGGACCUCGACAUAUUGCUUCACGUCUGCCACCUCCACAGGCUCUUUGGCGUUGAGGAGUGAGAACGGCGAGAGCGGUGCGCCAUCCUCGACAUACUGGCCGCCGGGCUGGAGGAGGCCACCGACGAGGAGAAUCUCGAAGAGGGCAUCUGCAUACUUCAGGAACUCGAGGGUGGAACCAGCUUGGACCAAUUUAUUCGUGACAGCGUCAAAAUCGGUGGGCGGGACGUUCUCAAGAUGCUUGAGGAGCUGGUCUCGGAAGACGUUGGGUUCGUGUUUGGCUGAGGCCUUGACGGCACGUUUCCUGGCUUUGAGACGGACCCCCUGCAGCGAAGGCUUUGCAGCAGCUGAUUGCUGAGACAUCCACAGGUUUCGAUGUCCUAGGGUCGAAAGAUGUGGAAGAGAAGGGAGAAAAGGACAGCUCGCUAUGUCCUCAAAACCUUCGGCGGCUCCCUUGAUCAAGCUUGAUCUCAUCGCUCUCCCGUUUAGGCAACUCCCGUUACCAGUUCCUCCUGAUCUUCUUGUCUCUCUGCCACCGACUGGCACCGCAUCCUGCACGUAAUGAGUCUCUGUCUUACAAGAGGUCUCCAAACUCCAACAACAUCUAACGUAACAUGGCAGUGCUCGAGAACUUCCUUGGGCGUGGGCGCACAACCACCGAAGCCACCACGCUCGCACACGACCCACUCCGAGAAGGCGGCCUCCCGCCAUCUUCAGGAGUCUUGUCUGUAGCCUUUAUCUCCAUGUGGCGCAAAACCCGCUCUAGACGUUCCCGGCCGUCGCCCCCGUAUUUGGACUGAUCUGUGGCUAUGGCAGUUGUUCCACCACCGGCCUCUACCAUCUCCGCCGCGUCACAUAUGCGCAGGAAGUCUUCCAAUCGGGCCAUCGCUACUCGUUCUAGACCGUCAAAUGAUCGCCAGUCGUCUUCUGGGAGUUCCAGCAUGUGGCUGAGAGGGAUGACCUUUUUCGUCCAUUCCCCAAUAUCUCUUCGCGUUCCGCUAGCCUUGUUGACAUGACGAGAGAUCUCUAGGAUGUGUUUGCUGCGUUGCAGACGGAGACGAAUAGCUUCCCUGUCGUCACCGCCCUCGGCUUCUUCCGAGGGCAUGUGGAUCUCCACGUCUCCAGGCGGACCGUUCGCCAUGAGCGUGCACUUUGCGUCUUCGGCGAAGUGAACGAGCUUGGGGACACGAGCAUUCAACUGGUUGACGAUUUUCAUCGCAUCCUCAUAUUGCUUUGCGUACUCAGGAGGUAGCUGUUUCGAGGUGUAGAUCGCAACGGGCUCCGCAAGACAGCAUGGAGUGCUCAAAUGAGGAGCGUCAUAGACUUCGACCAUAUCACCGUCCGAGCUGAUCAUGAGUACUUGCUUUCCAUCAUAUCCCUUUCUACGCUCGCCUUCCCGGAAGUCGACCAGUAGAGCCUUCGAAGGCAGGACGACUAAUUGCCCGCGCGACACCUUGUGUGUUUGGGAUUUCAAUCGACGAGUGCUGAACCGGGCGAUAUUGACAGAGCCGUUUCCGCGGUGGGAGACCGCGGUGGAGCUCGUCGCUUGAGAGACGAUUCUGUGCAUAGGGAGCUUUGUGUGAUGAGAGGAUGGAACGAGUUGAUUGGAUAGAGGCGCCCCAGUAGCAAGAUGUAAUUUAGUAGAACCGCAAGGAUCAGACAAUACGCGCUUCAGCUCAGUCCGAGGCGAUGCGGGCACGCCGCUAGCCCCUAAGCCACGAGCCUGGUUCUCCGCAAGACUGGCAAUAGAUGAGACACUAGGCGUGCCAGAGUCAGUCGUGAGAGCAGGUGUAGGCGGCCUCGAGUCCUCGUUGUACAAGUGAGCAAGUGGAGAGUUCGCAGGAGCCGACGCUGUCCGUCGAGGAGGUGGCACUAAACUGGUAUCGUCUUGCGGGUCGUCUUGGAAGAAAUUUGUGAUAUCCUCUAAAGGAGCUCGUUUGAACUUGAAAGCAAGCUGCCGUUUGUUGUCCGUCAUGGGGCGGAGUCGUGCAGGGUCUGUCGACAGGAGGGCCGGAUAUCGCUGAGAUGAUAGAUGGCUAGGUUCGUAGGGUUUCAGAACAUCCUUGCCAGAGUUGUCGUCGCACCCAUGUCUGACACGUUCUGUAGUAAGCGGGUGUGUGAUAAGGGAAGGCUUGAAGAAGGGAUGGGUAAAUAUUCGAUGAAGGGGCAUACGAUCCUCAGGAACCUUCUGCAGGAGACCGGCGAUGAGGUCUACAACUUCAUACGAUGCACCAUCGGGAAGCAUAUACCUGGCGCAGCAUAUGUUGUCGAAAACCUCCGCGGGAGUCGGGGCAUGGAACGCCGGUUGCCCGGUGAGACAAGUCACUAACACGGCACCAACUGACCAGAGGUCCGUUGUAAAGCGAUAGGGCAGCCCGGAAAGGAUUUCCGGGGACACGUAGUUUGGUGAGCCGCAGAAAGCGGUCUCCGUUGCGUCCGGCCGUGGCAGUCGGAUUGCGGAGUUGAGUCCGGAUAGUUUCAGUCGGUAGUUCCCAGUGAUGAGAACGUUGCUUGGCUUGAUAUCGCGAUGCACAACACGUUCCUUCUUGAGGUAGAGCAAGGCGUCGACAAGAGUCCUGGCCACCCCUCGCAACUCCUCUUCCGUGAGAGCUUGAGGAUCCCUCGCAUGCAAGAAGUCGGCCAAAUUGCCAUUCUCACAGAGCUCUAGGACGUGAUAAUACCCGGAUGGUGCGACAAAGGAGGAUAUAAGGGUGACAAUGGUAGGAUGGCAUAGGGCAGAGUGAAUUGAGGCAGCAGAUACAAGAUCCUUGGCGGAACGAGAGGUAUCGCGGUGAGUUUCGUAUGAUAUUUUCUUCACUGCGACAAACCUGUUACGCAUACGGCCGCGUUUGCACACAGCGCGGAAAACCUGAGAUAUUGAUCCUGAAGCUAGUUGGGCUUGCAAUACGU